AGCAAAACCAUUAAACACCUACCUGUAUACAUAUUUCUACCUGUUCUGACUUAAAAAUUUUUGCAUAUAAACCGUAGGAUUUUCAUCAUUGGCAUACAUUCAUCUCGCAAUCUUUCAAGUGUUAACAUCUCAACCGGAUAAACUAGAAGUUUAGCAUCAAAUUCAAAAUGUUGCAAAAUACUGCCUUCUAUAAGCACGCUCUCGAGGCCCAGCACAAAGUGUUGCCGACCAGUGAACCAAACUAUAUAGACAAUUUGCACGUGAUAUUUUUCGAGCAGAUCUUUGAAAGAAUUGACUAUCUGAGCGAUCAGGUGCGCAUGGCACGAGCCUAUCCCCAGUUUCUGCCUCAGAUACUGAAAAUCUGGGAGAAACGUCUGCAUUAUCGCAUCGUAGGACCAAACACCGCCUUUCUGGGUCUUCUGGAUAUUGAGGACUAUGUCUUCUUCAUGGAUCACAUGGUGGAUCGCUUUACGGAAUUGCAUGUCCACGACGAUGGCAUUGGAUCAUUUGCCGAGUUCUAUGACUACAUCACACAUCUGUGUGACAUCAAUAUUACACGACUUCCGAAGGUGGACACUUGCAUAUUGGCUGGCAAUCCGGAUACAAUGGUGGACGAAGAUGUCCGUGACUUGACCGUGAUGUUGCCGAAUCUUAAGAGACUUACCACUUGCAUGAAUCUAUCUGGUGCCUAUAUGCGUGGCUUUAGGAAGCUUGAAGAGUUGGUCUUCAAGUCGAUGUAUCAUUCGCUGCCCCUGGAUAGCCGUUGGAUUCAGGACAUUUGCCUGGGAAUGUCUCAGUUAAAGGUUCUCGACAUUACCGACUCCUUUGAUAGUGGUGUGCGUCUUCAUGACAUCAAAUUGCCGCAACUAGAAGUCCUGCGCAUCAAUCUAAGCAGCGUGGAAACCAUUGUAUCACAGGUGCUCCAGUUGCCAAAGCUACGCAAAUUGGCUAUAAGAUUUGAUGACUCACGACAACUUCAUGCCGAUCAAGAGACCAUCUUCCAGCAGAUCGUUGUGGCCAAAAGUGAAUCCAUCACUCGAAUUGCUCUCAACAACGAGGUAGUCCAAUUGCCAUCGCGCUGGCAACAAUCCUUGCUCUUGGAGUUGCCGAAAUUGCGAGCCCUCAUUUGCGAAAAUUGGUAUCACAAUGAUUUCUUCCUGGAUCGUCAGCAUAUACCAUGCGCCCAAAUGGAGAUACUUAGUUUCAGCGGCUGGGAAAUUGUUCGGGAAUAUCAAUUGCUUGAAUUAGUGGCCGAAUGCUCACAGCUCCAGCAAUUGGCAUUGAAUUCGUAUCACAGCAGUAUGGAUAAGUUAAAUAAACUGGUCAGCAUUCGGAGGCAAGAGAAGAAUCCAAAGCCCUUGCAAGUUUUCAGUGACACGAUGUGGACGCAUCUCACACCACAGGAAUAUCAAUUCUGGCGCAACAACAAGUACGUCCAAGUUACCUGCGAUGGCACCGACUAUGACUAUCAAGAGGAUGGCUUUGAGUUUGACUUUGAAUAGCUAAAGAAUUUAAAGAAGAAAACGAAGGAGAGAAUUGUAUAUACACCUAAGCAAUUUGUAUUUUCUAACGUAAUUGUUGUAAAUAUUUAAAAAUAAAUAUCAAGCACUUUCAAAAUCAUCCAAGUAAA